GCUGGGCGGGGAGUCCACAGCCGAUCGCCUCACGUGAGAGCUGAAAAGGGAAGAAGCGGGACGGCGCUGGGCACUGAAAUAGCUUUUCCACCAUGAGGACGCGAUACCUGCUCCCCGCUCUGCUGAGCCUCUCGCUGGCGCUGCCGGGGCCUGGCGAUGGAGCCAUUGUGUUGUCAGUCCCUGAAGUGGUUUCUCUAGAAAGUGGAAGUUCAACAAAUGUCACCGUCUCUCUGAGGGCUCCACUAAAUGAGACACUGGUGAUAACUCUUAAUAUUACCCAUUCCUCAAAGCACAGCACCAUUGUUGAACUUCCUGAUGAGGUACAGUUCCCUGCAGGUCACACUAAAGCAGACUUCCAAGUGAAAGCAGAUGAUGUGGGACAAGUAACAGUUUACCUUUAUGCCAAUAAGUCCAACUUAACUGGGCCUAGGAUUCAAUUUCAAGUGAUUCACAGCAUCAUAGUGAGAUAUGCUGAUGAGGUGAUUGGCUGGAUCUAUUUCCUCGCCUGGUCCAUCUCCUUUUAUCCUCAACUCUUUGAGAACUGGCGACGGAAAAGUGUUGUUGGACUAAGCUUUGACUUUUUAGCAUUAAACCUUACUGGCUUUAUAGCAUACAGUGUGUUUAAUGUUGGGCUCUUCUGGAUUCCCUUGAUUAAGGAGGAAUUCCUGGUCAGUUAUCCCAGCGGGGUGAACCCUGUGGCCAUCAAUGAUGUUUUCUUCAGUCUCCACGCAGUAGCCCUGAGUCUCGUUGUCAUCAUUCAGUGCUGCAUCUACGAGAGAGCAGGUCAAAAAGUAUCCAAAGUUGUUGUUGGACUCCUGGCACUUGCAUGGAUCUUCACCUUCACAACGCUGUUCCUGGCUGCAGCUGAGGUGGUGACAUGGCUGCAGUUCUUGUUCUGCUUCUCCUACAUUAAGUUGGCAGUCACACUGAUAAAAUACUUCCCACAGGCCUACAUGAAUUUCCAUCGGAAGAGUACUGAGGGAUGGAGUAUUGGAAAUGUGUUCCUGGACUUCACUGGUGGAAGCUUCAGCCUCCUCCAGAUGUUUUUGCAGUCAUACAACAAUGAUGAGUGGAGGUUAAUCUUUGGAGAUCCAACCAAGUUUGGCCUGGGUGUCUUCUCCAUCGCAUUUGACAUUGUUUUCAUGGCCCAGCACUACUGCCUGUACAGGAGACGAGGCUAUGAACCCUGUGAAUAACAAACACCACUUGCAGAGACUAAAACUUUAAACUGAACUUGUCCCUACCCUGAUCCUCUCUGGGCCAGAACACAAACUGUUGCCUUGCCAAGCACUGACUGCCACGUGCCUUAAGGACAGCAAGCUCUCAGCUGCACAUGGGACACUCGUGCCUGUUGAAGCUGCACACACAGCUCAGUGGGAGCUGUCCAAGCAACACAUGGCUCUUUUUUCACCAACCACAGGGAAGAGAAAGACCUAAGUGAUGUCUUUCUGAUUGGAGGUGAAGCACAAAGAGCAGAAUUCUGUCUUCCAAAAAAUCUGAGAUCACGUUUAAGCAACCACUUAAUAUCUUUAAGUAAUAACUGAAAACUGUCUGUGGAUCCAAGUGCUGCUGCUGACCUUUCCCAGACAGCUCACAGUCCACCACCACUCAGGCUGGCCACAAUGGUACAUCACAAUAAUGAGGUUGGUAACAAAUGCACAAAUAUUACUAUUUGAACUCUUUAUUAAAAAAAAUCCUAUCAAACAGAAACUAUAUUCUUAUUUCACUAAAAGCUCUUUCAAAGGUGGCAAAACAAGUAAUUAGAAGGGAAUCUGCAUUUAUACUUGAGUGCUUAAAACCUAAUGUGUCUUUCUAGGUGUCAAUCUAAGGAAAACUAGAUCCCAGGUGAGGUUUGACAGUUCCCCACCAGUGAAACCAGACCUUACUGACCUCAGUAAUUCCAUAAUCUACUCUUGAGCCAAAAAAAUGUCUCAGCUGGAGGCACCCAAGUGGUGUGGCACUCUUAAAAGUAAGGAGACACAGCUCAGGAAAACCAAUUUUGUUUUAUUGUGUGUAAAAUCAAGUGAAAAAAGCAGUACAAAUAGCAGUGUAUCUUUAUAGUAACAAAAAUAACUCCAACUUGAAAGACUUAAAAUUUACUACUGAAUUCUUAAGUUACAAAACUCCAAAGCAGGAUUGUAGUAAUUCCAGAGAUAUAAAAUUGCUAAGUAGGCAUCUGCUGGUGUGCACAGAACAGUCUGAGAUGCAUCAAUCACAAUGUACAUGGCACAGCAGUAAGGUACUGAAUAAAUUAGUCUGCCACCUCCUCAUGCUCUAUUUACAACAGCUUACCUCAAGGCUGCUUAAGGAAACUAUAGAUAUGUAUAGAUCAGCUGAAGAGGAUUAAAAACUCCAGGUUUUGGAUAACUGUAAAGCUAACAAACCACAGGAUGCUAGAUCAUGGACUUAGGGUUGCAGCAAGAAUCUUCAGUCCUGUGGCAUGUUGAUUUAAACCUACUUUAAUCCUACUAGAAGUUUAAAUUUGGUCAAGAGGCACUUCUGCAAAUUACUGGCAUAUUCAUCUCUUCCAUCCAAUAAAUCACUGAUUUAAUCAGUCUUCUAAAAGACAAACCAAAAUCCCUCCCAUUUCAAGUCUGAUAGUAGUGGAAUGAAGAACUGAAAACUCUGCAGCUACAAGCAGCAUUUCUGGUAAGUUUAGGAACAUUGUUUUGUUUCCUGCUCCACAUUCCUUUAAAUUAAACUCAAUCUGAUAGUUCAAAUUGGGAAUAAGGAGAAUUCAGGUUUUUACCCUGCCAGUGAGGUUGAACUGUAGUGUCCAUGAAACUGUAGUGUACUUCACAGGCAUUGAUGUAACAUUUGUGUGUUACUCAGUUGUUUCUUGCCUGAAGAGGCUGCUUUGUCCAGGGAAUCUGUGCAGGAAAUUGUAAUGCCCCAAACCCUUCAGCCACUCUCUCUAUCUUGCACACAGUGAAGGAUUAGUAGAUUGCUCCUCCCCACAGCACUGUGCAGCUCUUAACUCUGGCAUUUGAAUUUGGUAGCGGGGGGGGGGACAGGACAGCUCCCUUCUAAAAGCUUAGGCACAGCAAACCCUCUGGUCUCCCAUAGCAGAAACCACAUUUCUUCCUAAAAUAGGAGGCUUUUGUGCUACAGAAGAAUCCUGUCCAAGUUUAAGGCUUUUCCAGUUGCUCUUAGAUAACUUGGGUCUGUCCUGUCCUGAAAGCCAUGACUACAGAAGUCUUGCCAUGUACCUGCAGGGCAGACUUUAGAGAAGCACUCUGCUGAGGGGAGUAUUGUUUUACUACUGCCAGUUACACCAGAAGAAGUUAAAAUAAAAAAGUAGUGUUUACCACAGAUAGGAACAUGCACUCCUUCCAGAUAACCUGUUCCAGUCUAAUAUUUGUUUCUUUCCUUGAUAUCAGUCUAUACAUCUCCCUCCCCACCCCCUCCCCAGCUGGGUGAUGGAUU